GGACACCGGUCUCUUUACCAUCAUCAUCUUCAUCAGUAGGGUUAGUCGCGUUCUCUGAGUGAGUGUGUGUGUGUAUGUGUGUGCGCCUCGCGCCUGCUGGACCCGCCCCAUCCUCCUCACCGCUAUUGUUGGCUCUGCUCAGGAACCUUCACACACACUCACUCACACACACACACUCACACCGAGCUGUCUGCACAGGGAGAGGGGUCUGAGCGCACGAGCAAGCUUAACACUGGAUCUUAUUCAUUUUCCACAUUUUCCUCAUCAUCACUUUCAUCACCAUCUUCUUCUCCAUCAUCAUCUUCAUCAUCAUCAAGACGUUCACCAUCAUCAUCAGUGGGUUCACCUUCUUCUCGGACACAGAGGACACACUGCUAAGGAGGGGUGUGGGGGGGCUGUGUGUGCACGUGAGGGGGGUGGGCAGGGAGAGAGAGAAAGGUGAGAGAGCUCGCGAGGAGAUCAGAGGAGGAGAGGAGAGGUGUUCGCGCUCAGGUUGGGUGUAGCAGAAUGGCUGUAGCUCUAUAGAAAGAAGAGUGUGUAUGCAUGUGUGUGUGUAUGUAUGUAUGUGCAAGGUAGAUAAUGUGAGUGUGUAAGUGUGAGUGAUGGACGCUCGCUCUCUCGCGCGUCUCCGCCCUGUGCGCGUGUGUGAAGCAGAGAGAGAGAGAGAAACAGGGCGGUAGAGAGACACUGCGUUAGACCGACAGAGCGGCGGAGUGAUGGAGCGGUGCGUUCCCGCGCUCUCGGUGUGUGUGAGCGCGCUCUCGCUGCUCCUCCUCCUCCUUGCGCUCUGCUCGGACCACUGGUACGAGACGGACACGCGCAACCACAAGCGGAACUGUGACCGGAAGGGCUCGGACUCCAACGACCAGAAGAACCGCGACAUGCCCAUCUACCACCUGCCCCUGGUGGAGGGAGGGACGGCGGGGGCAGUGGUGGGGAGCACGCGGCGCGGGGGGGCGCUCGCGAGGCCCAUCCACGUGGGUAGCACUGAGGAGGAGCUGCUGGAGAACUGGCGCGCGAUCGCAGGAUUGGGAAUACUGGAGACGGAGUGUGGGAGACCGCUGUUCCCCACCCACUCAGGCCUGUGGAGGAAGUGCUACUUCCGGGGGCGGGACCAAGACAUAGACACCCUAAUUAACAAAGGUAUUGCCGACCGCUGCACUUCUGUCAAAUACCAUUUCUCUCAGCCCAUCCGGCUCCGGAACAUUCCACUCAACCUAACCCGGACCAUCCAGCAGGAUGAGUGGCACCUUUUACAUCUGCGGCGGAUCACGGCUGGGUUCCUGGGCAUGGCGGCGGCGGUGCUGCUGUGUGGAUCCAUCGUGGCUGCAGUCGGAUUUUUCUGGGAGGAAAGUCUGACCCAACAUGUGUCCGGCCUGCUCUUCCUAAUGGUAUUUUCUGCACUAUUUCUCUCUGUACGUAUGCGGCGAGUAUAUCGUAUGACCUGGCCCGAAACCCUCCGUUUAUUUAUGGGCUUCCAGAGGACGUGGAUCACGGGUAUGGCUGGUCCAUCUACAGUGCUUGGGUCAGUCUGGGCCUGACAGUGGCAUCCGGCUGCUUCUGCACCACCUACCCCUUCCUGAGCCGCAGCAAAUCCCUUCGCUCCAAAACUGCACGCGAGUCUGCCGUGUGAGUCACAGCGCCCCCGCAGGACCGGAGGAGCCACAGUUUUGGUCAGAGCUGUGCCGGACACUUCACUGGACUUCAGUCCCCACUGUACUCUCAAACACCCCUGUGUGAAGGCGUGCGAGUUUGCCACCUAGUGUUCAGAAGGGGUUCAGCCAACUCCUCAUAGACACACACACACAGAUAAAAACACAAAGACACAGACACAGAGUAGGUGUGAAUAUGGGUUGUGAGAUGGGACAGUUCUGUAGUUUGUCGUUUGUGGGUCAUUUGUCGUGAUUCUGUGAUUUGAGAUUUUUCUCUCUCUCUCACACACAAACACACACACACACAUACAUACACACACCAACCAAAACAAAAAGUUGGACUUUACUGUGCUGAACUCCUCACUGAUUUCUGUGGUCAGAUGGAACUGAACUUUCUGACCCAGUGUUCUGUAAAUGUGAUGCUUUAUUUCAGAACAAAUAUGAGAUUAUUAUAAUGAGAUUAUGAUGAAGUGUAGCAAGGUGAUGAAUAAUGUGUUCAUAAUGAGAUUCUAAUAAGAAAAUAUAUUAAGAUUUGCUAUUAAGAGGAUGACGUUAUGGCAAUGAUGGGAUAGUAAUUUAGAAUGAGGUGAUUUUUAAUGAGUUCACGAUAAUGAGAUGUAAUGAGAAGAUGGAAAUGAGUUUAUAAUGAUGAGCUAAUGUAUUGAGUUUGUGAUAACGUGAUGGAAUUUAGGUAACAAUGUGAGAUGAUGAAAAUGAGCUUACAAUAAUGAUUUAAUAAGGUAAUGGUAAUGUUGAUGAUAAUGAAGUGACACAACAAGAAUAUGGUAAUGAUGUUAUAUUGAUAACUAGGAGAUGGUCAUGAGUUUAUGAUAAUCGUAUGAUCAUAAUGAGGAGAUGGUAUAGGUAUAUUGAUAAUAAUGUAAUGGUAUUGAGGAGAUGAUUAGAAGAAGAUAAUGAAGUGAUAAAAAGGCAAUGAUAACGAGGUGAUGGUAAUGUGAAGAUAAUGAAGCGAUGAUGGUCAGUUAUUACUCUUUUGUUUUGCACAGAAUAAACACAUACAGAGUUAAUAAUGUUACAGUAUUAAUGUACACGUUAACGCCACGUAGACGAUCUGCAGUGUUGAUAUUAAUCUGAUUUUGAGGAAUUCUAAAUGAACACCGCUUCACUCGGCCACACUUUCACUCCUGUGGAACUUUCACUUCUCUGGAGUUCUGCACAGAACCCAGCGAGACGUUCUGAAGUGUUAUCCGACUGCGGGCUUGAGUUCCUAUGCUGUUCCUGACAGUGUAAAUAAAGUUCAGUAUGAGAACGGA